CGUAUGAUAGCGCCACGGUAUCGUUGUGAUAUUUUGGUUUGAUCUUUACUGAUUUUGUACUGAAAGUAUUUAGAAUAAUACCAUAGAAUUAUGAAAUAAUAUAUAUACCUAUUUUGUAUAUAUAAAAAGUAUUUAAAAAUGUUUGUGUAUAGUAAAAAUUAUAUGCCCAUAGUGAAGUAUUAUAAGGAUAUUUGUAAAAAGUUUCAUUUGCGGUUUGCCUCCACAGAUUUAAACCAAUGGAAACCCACAAUAGGUUUGGAAAUUCAUGCACAAAUUGCUACAAAAUCAAAAUUAUUUUCUGGAGCUUCUACAAACUUUCAAAGUCCAAUAAAUUCUUGUGUAUCACUUUUUGACUGUGCAACACCAGGAACAAUGCCAGUAUUGAAUAAAAAAUGUGUGGAAGCUGGAAUUUUAACUGCUCUGGCUCUUUCGUGCAAAGUAAAUGAUGUUUCAAUGUUUGAAAGGAAACAUUAUUUUUACUCUGAUUUGCCUGCAGGAUAUCAAAUUACACAACAGAAAAAACCUUUAGCUGUUAAUGGAGAAAUUAAAUUUGUUGUGCCUAAACCAGAAAUAAAAGGACAACAUUAUUUAAAGUCAUCAAAAAUUAAACAAAUACAAUUGGAACAAGACAGUGGCAGAAGUUUUUACAAUGAACUUACAGAGAGAAAUUUAAUUGAUCUUAAUCGUGCUGGUAUACCUCUGAUGGAGUUAGUUCUUGAACCAGACCUAACAACUGGAGAAGAAGCAGCUGCUCUUGUCAGAGAAUUAAGUUUCAUCUUGCAGUUAAUAGGCACAUGUUCAUGCAAAAUGGAAGAGGGAGCAUUAAGAGUUGAUGCAAAUGUGUCUGUAAGUCAAGACAAUGCAUCUUUAGGUACUCGUACAGAAAUAAAAAAUAUUGGAAGUAUACAUGCUAUUGCCAAUGCUAUAAGAUAUGAAAUAGGAAGACAUAUAACCAUUUUAAAAAAAGGUGGUCAAAUUGUUAACGAGACUCGUGCUUGGGAUCCGGAAUGCAAGAAAACGAUUCCUAUGCGUGAAAAGGAAGAGAAACAUGAUUACCGUUUUAUGCCUGAACCAAAUUUGCCACCUUUAUACUUACAUGUCAAUGAAAAUAUGGAAAAUAAAUAUAAUUUGAUUGAUGUAACAUCUUUAAGGCAGCAUUUACCAGAGUUACCAGAACAAAUGCGACAAGGAGUACUACAGAACCUUACACCUCCCACAUAUGUAGGGUUAACGACUGACAUAGAAUUGUUUAAUAUAUUUCGUAAUAUAUUAGAACAUGGAAAACAUCGUAAUCCUCAGCUAGUAGCUUAUAUUCUUAUCUCUGAUAUUACGGGUUUUGUACAGAAACAUAAUUUAGAAAUGGUGUAUUGUAUAAAUCAUCUGAGUUAUAUUGGAGAAUUGAUCGAUUUAAUACAAGAUAAAAGAAUAAACUAUUUAAUAUUGAGAAAACUGCUAGUCAAGUUACUUGAUGGACAGAAGAAAACGGCAAAACAGAUUGUCGAAGAAAAUAAUUGGUUCAUGAUAUCGGAUGUAAGUGAAUUGGAAAAUGUAUGUUUGGAAGUACUGAAAAAUGAACCUAAAUUAGUUAAGAAGUACAAGGCAGGACGUAGUCGUGUAUUUAAAGUAUUUCUACAGAAAGUAGCCACAGCUACAAACGAUUGUGCAGAUAUGCAACAAGCUACAAAAAUCCUGACGAGAUUGUUAAGCUAAUUUUUAAAUAUAUGGUUUUUGCAGCAUAAAAUAUGAAGUACUUUAAUAAAUAUUUAUCGUGUUUACCUUUAAAAUGUACUUACGUACCUCUAUGUUUAAACCAUUAUGAAAUAUAUAAAAAAUUUUAAUAUUUAUUUUUUUAUAAAUUGCAAAUAUAACUAUAAAAGUAAAUGAAAAAUAUUUACGAUUUAACAAACUGAAAACUAUCACUUUUCUACGUAAUUCCAUUUUAGACUAAAUUAGCACAAAAUUUUAUUUUUAACAGCGUUAAUCGUAUUAUAAAAUACUUCAUAAAAAUGUCAGACUAUGUUCAGAAAAUUUAUGUACGUGAUAUUUGAGGGUGGGACAUGUUUAUUACAACAGUACAAAGUAUAAUAACAGCAACAAUCUUUAUCAAAUUAAUGAAUUUUUAAAGACUUGUUUGUUUCGAAAAAAAUUAUGAGUCAUAAAUUUCGUAACAUUCAUUCUAUCUUGUUACAUAUUACAUUUAUAAUUACCUGUGGAAUUAUAUUAAUAGUAAAUGUAUUAUUUUUAUAAUGAUUAAACAUACAGUUGUUUGAUAAAGAUUGAACCGUUUAUCACAAAUUGUACAAAAUGAUUUUUUUUAUAAUUUACAAUAACGGGCAUUGUGUAUAUUGUAAUACUACUUUCAUCCAAAUAUUUUUCAAAUGUAAUAAGCACAUAUAUAUUGCUAUUAUAUAAUACAAUGAAAAUAUCUAUAUACUAAACAGUUACACAAAAUUGUUAUUUUAUAACAAACAUCAUUAUGAAACAACCAUAUCAACUUAUUUUUGUACAAUUUUUUACAAUAACAUCGUUAAAAAACAUGUCACCCAUACAUUGUCAUUUGUUCUCCUUUUCGCUGAUUAUAAAUUCAUGUUUUUUUACUAAAAUUAAAA